AUAAAAAGAACUGUUUAUCUUUCUUAUUACUUGGAUCUAAAUAUAUCACGGGAAAACCCACAGGAAGAAAAAAUAAGCUGGUUUCGUUUUCAAUUCAGCCAUUUUUGGGAACUUUCAACAAUGAAGGAUGAAUGAUACAGAUGAUAGUUUGAGAAACAGAAGGGUGCCAUUUAUAUACCAUACAUUAUUGUAUAAACUAGACAAUAUCCAUUUGAAGCUCAAUUGUCAAAGGAAAAAACACAUUCCAACCACUUCCGACAGAGGAAAUGGAUCAGAAAUCCAGGGGUUACUCGGUGGUACAGUUUUUGAAGUUUUGAAAGUAUCUAAUACACCAGUGGAUUAUGGAGUGUCAAGUGAAAAUCAGGAGACCAGAUAUGAUGAGAAAGUAACUGGACUGUCAAGAGAUAAAGUCUCACAUGAACGUGAGAUCAAAGACAACAUAUUUUCCAAUGGCGAUAUCGGCAAUGAUAUUUUGUACGACUCCGAAAGUGAUACAGCAAGCGAUUUAUCUAUAGACGGUUGUCAUGAAUCAUACAACCAUUUGUCUAAAAGUAUUUCUCAGAAAGAGUUCUCUCAUAGCGAUAAUGAAGCGCAAGACUGUCACAUAGGACCUGCUGAUAACAAUCAAGAACAUGUGACAUUAUAUGACAUUGACAAUAAAUCAAAUAUUUCUGACGAAUGGGAACUUGAAAAGGGAAGGCCUUAUUCAAAUGGCGACGAUGAAAUCUUGCUGGUUCAUGAUAAAAAAGAAACCGAAGAAAGAAAAAUUAAAGCAUUACAAAAGAAGGCGAAUGAAUUAGAUGUACAUUUUGAAGCCAAGAGAUCGUUGGAAAUUAUGGAUACAGUCUAUAAAAGUUAUCCGGAAAAUGAUACAGAUAAUUUUGAAAAUGAUAAACCAUUUCAGAGAGAAACAGUAUUAGAAUCACAAAUUGAAAACAUUGCAUGUUCAAAUGAACUUGAUCGUCGUAGCAUUUCUCAAUCUAAAGUUAGUUCUACUUCAACCAAAGAACUCGAAUCAACAAAUUUUCCAGUAGAUAAACCAGCAAUAGUAGACGAUAAGAUAAAAGAAGUAUGCACUCCCAAAUUUAGUGGUGACAACUCGACCAAAGAGAAUAAUCGUGGUUCUUCUUCCCUACUGAUUGAUGAUACAUUACUUUCUACCAAUUCAGAACUCCGGCAGACCAAAAGUUCUUUGAUGAUCAGUCGAAAUAGUCAAUCAAACAAGUCGAUAUCGGAAGGGGAACCCUUAAACGCCGCCAUUUUAAAUGCACGUAUAGGUGAUUGCAAUACUGAACUUGACGAAAAAGUAUAUCCUUUAAAGAACAACAAAGGUCGUACAGUGAAUGAUGAUAUAAAUCAUAACACACCUUUUAAAACAGAUAUGAAAACAAGAGAUUUAUCAGGAACAUCUAGCAAUAGUCAGUCAGGUUCAGCGUCACAGAAUUUAAAAAUUAAAGAACAUGGUACCUACUCUAAUAAAUUGCUUAAAAAUUUACUAGUCGGACGCCAGAACGGUUUGUUCGUUAAGGAAUUUGACAACUCAUUUAGUUUAAUAAGUGACUUAUUGUCUAUUGGAUCUUCUCCCGAACGACGAAAAUCUGCAGAAAGUUUACGAAAAGACAGAACAGAGAUAAUAUCUACCGUCAAAACAUGCCAUGAAGACCGAUAUGGUCAUGAAAUAUCAAUAGAGACUGGAAAGUCCUCAAGGAUAUACAAGUCCGAUGAUUCUUUUAGCAAGCUUGGUCGAGAGGAUGGCAAUCAGUCUUCACUAGACACGGAAAAACCGUGUAAACCGGUCAGUGAAAAACAGUCCGUUAUAGAAAAUAAAAGAGACUACACAUCGGAUAAUAAAAACGAACAAACAUUAAAAAACGAACAUCAGAUACUAGAUAAUGAAAGGCCGGACAAAUCGGAUAAUGAAAAAGACAGCUUAGAUCAGACACUUACAAAAUCAGACAAUGGAAAAUCAAAGACAAACUAUAAACGAACCCAUUUAUUUGCUUCCUCUUUGCCUGGAAUUAUCAAGGCAAGUGGAGUCGAUAAAACAGACUGGAAUCUAUCUAUGGACGAAAAGAGACCCCGUAAUUAUUUACAAAAGACAAAUGAGUCUAUACAAAAAUCAAAUGAGAUUGAUGGUUAUAAUAGCCUGGUAUCGAAACUUGAACAUAUAUCUAAAUUAUCCAAAAAAAUGAACGACGAAAAAGCCAAACUUGAUACAAGAAGUCGUGAAUGUAUAACAGAAUUUAACGGAACAAGAAAUGCUACAAGCUCAGAUAGCAUAGGUAGGGAUAACGAAGAAGACAAAACCAGUGCAAAAACUAAAAAUGAAUCUAAACGGUCACUGGGGAAUGGUGCAAUCAACACCCGCAAACAAAUAGACAAUUGUGAUACAUGUUCAGUUAUAUCACAAAAUUAUACUAGUUUUCAUGAAAAACUAACCGAUGUAUCGACAGAACAUCCAGACAACUUUCACGAUGAAGUUCCAAUCAAUAAACAAAAAAUAAGCAUAUCACAAACAGAAGAGAAAAAUACUGAAAAAACUGAAUUAGCAAAAAAAUCACAAAAAGGAUUAAAUCGAUCAUUUGAAAAAUCGCAAAUGCCUAAGUCAGAUUUAGACCUCAACAACAGGCUAAUCGAUGAAAUUGGUGUGCAGUCAUUUCGAGGAAAAGACGAUGGUAAAAUCAAGAAAGUUAAUAAACAAACUGAAGGUUAUACCCAAACAAAAACACUGAAAGGUGAUGAGCGCAUUACAUUGACUCAAUCUGUGAAAGGUGUGGAGCGAUCGAAUAACGAGAAUCCAACAGAAAACCGAACAAAAAAGAACUUUAAUCCAAAUAAGUUACCUUCAGAUGACACUAUUACAGACAUUCAGCAAACUACAAUUAGUCAAACGGAUAAGGAAGCCAUAUCAAGUAUUGGAAUGAAAACAAUGCAAGGGAAAAAAGAUUUGGAAAUAAUAAGCACACCUCCUGAAAAAUCAAUAACAACAGAAACUAGUACAGCUCCAAUUAUAAUCAAACGAUUGGAAAGACCUGAUACUUCAAAGUCAAAAAAGAAAGACAAAAAGAGAGAACGAGGAAAAGAUCCGUAUGCUUUCUUUCCAUUCAAAGUUAUUCCAAGUUCAUCAAUGGGUUCCAAGUAUUUUGAAGAUUUCUCACCUAAAGUUAUAGCAGAAAGCUUGGCAAAUCUUCCGAUGAUGGGUGGAAAAGAUGUUCAGCUUCCCUGUCCAACUUGUAAACAAAAUGUUUUCAGCGAUGGAAAAAUUGUAAAAAGUGAUUGUAUGGACCCGGUCCAUCAGAUGUUAAUGCAGAUUCCAUCCUUACAGUCUAUAGCAGAGAAGCAUGGUUUAGUUGUACGGAAUAUUGCCGGUGAUGGAAACUGUAUGUUUCAUGCUGUCAUUGACCAGCUAAGGAUUGCUGGAGACUUUACAUUCAACAAAGACACGCUCAGAUCAAAAUCCGUGGAGUAUCUUCGAGAAAAUCCUUGCCAGGAAGAUGGAUCUCAUCUGAUGUGCUUUCUUUCUACUGAAUCAUGGGAAGAGUAUUUGAUUCGGAUGAACCGAGACGGUGAAUGGGGUGACCACAUGAUACUGAAUGCAAUUACAGAAGUGAUUGGUCGAACUGUAACUGUUCUCAACAAUUCCGAAAGUGUCACUCACUUGUUUCCACACACUGUAUCUUUGUCUGAUGAAGUCACCUUAGACUCGGUUUACCUUGGACACGUUGGGAUGCAUUAUGUUAGCUUAAGACCUAAAGACUGGGAGAAAACCUGGGCAAUGAAUGCCAAAAUACGUCGAAUGUCAAAAUAUUUAGAACAACGUCAAGAAGUGCCAGACGUUUCAAAGGAUUCAGCAGUAGGUACUUUGAUUGGUGUAGACGGCUUGCAAUACGGACAUCUCUUCGAAGGAAAUGCUGAUCUUUUGGAUUCAAUGAUUAAAGAUGUCUACUUUGUUGAACCUGUAAGCAGAGUACCGGUCAUGCAUUUGUCAUUUAUCAUGAAAAAAAUGCUUAGAUUGGAUUUGUUCAGUUAUCCACAUCAUCAUCCCCUAACUGUAGCAGAUGACUCAGGAAUGAACAUUGCAGAAAUAGGCAGCACUCAGUUAGGUCUAAAUGUUAGAUUGACGAACUUCAAUCAGUCAAUGAGAGAGCAAGUUCAGGACUUGACAGACAUUUGUACUCCGGAAUACAUCUUGAUUCCGUCGGAGUCUUACUACAAAGUGGUUGGCAAUGAACGUGAAAUGCCAAUUUUCAAUGAAGAUGCUCAACAACACUAUCUUGUUAUUGAUACUGACCAAACCCACCCAGGAUAUUGUAGAUUGAAAGCGAAAACUCCCAUAAAAUAUUCAGGCGAUUCAAAGGGUGGAUUGUUUACUAAAUGUCUCAGUGGUAAAUGGUUUAUAUAUAGAGUCCCAGCUACAUUGUUAAAAAAUGAUACUAUGAAAACUGACUAUGUUGGUGGGUUUGAUUACGAAGACUGGCCUUUUGAAGCUUACCAUUGGAAAAACCGUGAUCGCUCUGUUGAAUGGCCUCGUAGAGAAAUCGUAGAAAAGGUUUGCAAAUCGGGAUGCUAUAUAAGACACAAAUCACACCCGGGGAGUUUCGAGAAGGAAGUAGAAUUUCAGUACAUUUUUACCAAAGCAGAAGACAUUUUAGUGAACGAAGACAUGACUGAUGAUAUGCGAUACUGUUUUUAUGUUUUUAAAGCAUUGAUAAAGUUUCAGACUAAAAACAUUGGAUUCUGCUUGCCAAAUUACCUUAUGACAACUGUACUGUUGUACGCCUGUGAAUCUAUUCCAGCUGACACAUGGCGGAAUAGCUGUGGCGCGUGUGUAUUAUACAUGAUAAACCUGUUCCAUUCAUGGUUUAGACAGCAUUACUUUCCGCACUAUUUUAUCAAGCAGAACAAUAUGAUUGAUCACUGGAACAAACGCGAGGUCGAUAAUCUUUGUGAGUCGACUGAGUCGCUCAGGCUUUUCCCGUGCAUGGUUAUUCACUUCAUAUGCGAAAACUAUGGCAUGGGGACGUGGACAUGGAUAAUAGACUCUGUAAUGGCAUCAAGUAAAAAGUUCAAAGACGACAAGGAUGCAUGCUGGGUUGUUGAAAACGUGUUUAAUCCUACAACAUUUUAUUAUUUAGACCACUACGUAACCAAUCCAAAAGACAGGGAAUUUGUAUUUCUCCAGCUGACCGAAGCUUUCGAACAAAAUUUGAUUUGGACUGGAACUAGCUUUGAUUUUAAAGCCUUUGUUGAUGAAUUUCUUUUAACAGUUGAAAGUGUAAAAACAAGGAAGACGUUUACAGAUUUUGUAGAAAAGGAACUUAACAAUAAUUCGAGAUAUAUAACUUUUACCGAUUUCUUAGGUCCUGAUUAUAACGGGAAAUACGGAAAACAUCGGCUUAAAUCGUCAUCUAAGCCUGAAGAACAAAUAGAAGAUUUCGUUCUUUCGCUGCUAAUAAAGGGUGAUUUCGAGCAAAUUACACAUAUCGUUCGCUGUCUGAUACGUGAAACGCGAAAAUCUUUUGAAACUGCCACUGUAGAUGUGGGUGACAUAGAGGACACAGAACUAAAGUCUCAGAUCGUAAAAUCCAACUUAAAACAAACAACUAAAUAUUUGUCAAAGCUUCAGAACUAUUAUUGGAUGAUGGGAAUCUGUUUUACAAAGAUGGACAAAGUACAACUUUUUCAGGAAUUUAUAUUAGAAUACGAAGAGGUCAUUGAACAAAUGCCGAAUAAACAAUCUGUCGCUCACCUUUCAAGUAUGUGGAAGAAACUUAAAAAUCCGGAAAAGGCCAAGGAAGUUGAAAGAAAAUUGGAAAGUUUGCUUGAAAAAGAAGACGACCACGAAUAUUCUAGAAAUCUUGUGAAACUUCUUAUCAAGCUAAGUUCGUAGGAAUCAAAUGGAAUGAAAAAUAGUCAGAAGCCAAGUAUCGGUACAAUUAAUUUGUUCGGUAACAGUAAAAAAAUAACAUUUAUUUUGUUUAUCCGAAGCCAAGUAUCGGUUCAAUUGAUUUUUUUGGUAACUGUAAAAAAUAACAUUUUGCAGAUUUAUCCAAUAACUUUUAUUUCAAAAAUUAAUUAUUGUAUAUUGAUAAUUUAAACGAAUAUGAUGAUGUUAGAUUGAUUAGACUAACACCGAUCUCAUACAGGUAGAAAGUGAAAUCACAAAAAUACAAAACUCCGAGGAAAAUUCAAAACGGAAAAUUCCUUAACAAAUGGCAAAAUCAAUAUAGGUUUACCUUCAGAUAUAUUAAGGCCAUUAUUUCCAUUUAACGUGUUAAGUUAAAAGACGUAAAUUGUACAUUAAUUGUAUUCAAAUUAACCUUUUUUAGAAGAAUAAAAAAAAUAAAGAUAUGUGUGAAGAUUUAGUUUCAUAACGUCAAUUUAAAUAAAUUUAAAUAUUACACAAAAUGUAUUAGAGAUAUCAAUAGUUAUGUUGUUCUAUAAAAUUAUAGCAGGAAAGUCCGAUAACAACCACUGUCUUUAUGAAAUAUUGAGACGAGUUAUUGGUUCAACAAAGAGUCAACAAAUGUAUCAACAGAGUGUUCUACGUACUUGUUUUAAUAAGUCCUAAUAAGUUCUGUCAAAAACAAUCUACAAUUUGCUUAGUUUCAAUAGAUUUGUAAAUUUGUUAAUUACGUGAAUAA